GAAAUCCUUUGAUCUUAAACAAUUAUUAAAAUUGAAUUUUUCGUCUCUUACGUCGGGUCUGUUUUAUCAGUAUUCUUUUAUCACUAAAAUGCAAAUUGGGAUAUUGAAGAGAAGGGAUGAUAAUAAUUGGAAAGAAAAACUGACGUACAGCUAAAUAUAAUACGCAUUUUAUUAGUUUUAUACAUUUAUACUUUCGUGUAGAAUGCAGUAUUUGAAUUAAUGUCCAUAACACGUGUCUCGUUAUCUGAUCGAUAAGAGCAUGCGUUUAAGGUCUACGUCUACAGCGAUGUGAAAUCGUGUUGGUGUAAAUAUUCCCGCGAUUUUUGCAUUCGUUCUUCCGUAUUUAUAUUCAAAUUUAUAGUGCAUGAAAAAUAGAACAACAAUUAGUACAGCUAAGUGUACUUAUGUGUGUAAACGCUAGUCUUAUUUGACGUUCCAUUUUAAGUGUUCAUCCCGUUUAGCGGAUGUAAAGCUCACGUGUCACAGUAAACACGCGUAUAUCUAACCUGUCGAGCACGCUAAAUCUGCUAACUAUUCAUUAGUGAUGGAAGAUGAGGAACGGAAAUAUCAAGACGAGGAGCCGAGCGAAUUUUAUUUUGAAUCCGAUCAUUUAGCGUUAAAAGGGAAUAAAGAUUAUACGACACUUUUGAAGACGAUCGUCAUUCUCGAAGCGCAACGAGUUCAAGCUAUAGACGAUCUGGAUAAGCUUUUAUCAAUUCGUACAAAAGCACUGAAGGAUCCGAUAUCUUUCGUAGCUCAGAUACAAAACGGUGAGCUUCCAGAACUACCGGGACCGCAAAAAAUUGCUGAAAUCCCUUAUAUUGAUUGGUCUCAAUAUAAUGUAGCUACACCUGAUAUUCGCAUGAGACCACAAACGAGGCAUGGAAAUAUUCUGCCUCAUGUACAAACAAAAACAGAACAAGAGAAUGGAAGGAUUUUAGUACGAGGACGUGCUUUUGAUGAGAGCAAACCAGAAACUUUCAAUCAGUUAUGGACAGUAGAAGAGCAGAGGAGAUUAGAAGAACUUUUAAUUGAAUAUCCACCAGAGGAAGUAGAAAUGAGAAGAUGGACCAAAAUAGCCAAUGCUUUAGGUAAUCGAACUCCAAAACAAGUGUCCAGCAGAGUACAGAAGUACUUUAUUAAACUCUUAAGGGCUGGAUUACCUAUACCAGGACGAGGUCCAAAAAUGAAAUUAGAUGCUAAGAAAGGACUUGGUCACAGGCAUCAACGUAGUAACUAUUCAUUAUUUAGGCGAUCUACAUUCUUUCCACAUCAAGACAUGUCUUUCACGAUGCCUGAUGAAGGCAAAGAACAGCCAAUUACAGAAGAGUCUGAGGAUGAUGUUGGUAACAAUCUUAUUGAUGAUAAUCCAGAAUUAAGGCAAAUAGAAUUAUUAAGGCAAGUGAAAGCUGAGAAAGAACAAAAUCCAUCUCCUGUAUUUAAACACGUUGGAUACAAGUGUUCAGUGUGUGGGGAAGACCCACUAACGGGUACCCGAUGGCAUUGUGCAGAAUGCCAAGAUCGAAUCGACUUAUGCAGUGACUGUGCGGUGACACAAUUGGAAGCUGAGAAACCGCUACAUGAUACAUUACAUAGACUAAUUCCUAUAAAACCACCUCAAUAUACUAGGAAUUACGAUUUAGAUUAUUUUCCACAAAGUUUCAGUAAUUCUUCUUACAAUUAUUUAGAUCCUAAUUUUUUACCGGAAUAA